CACAACUUGAGCUUUUCCAGUGAGAUUUUGUGUUUUGUUUUUCACUUAGAUGUUGAUAACAUUAGCAUGAGAUUUACCGGAAAAAGACUCCCUCCUGAGUUAUAUUUUACAUUAGUUAAUUUUCUGAUUUCUGUUUAGUGUCGGGACAAUGCCUCCUGUUGCAAAUAUAAAGUCGCACUUUAUCAUUUCUGCGGAUGUUUCCAGGCCCUUCUGCAAAUACGCCAUCAUUGCUUUCAAUAUCAUCUAUUUGGUAGCAGGGUUUACAUCAUUGGUGCUCGGUUUGUGGCUGAGUUACCAUGACAACACCAGUGAUGUUUCUGACCUGACAUCCGACACCGACGACAAAGAAGCCAUUGAGUUAAAGGUUUUUAACAAAGCUGUUUACUUCCUGGUAACUCUGGGCUCUAUUAUGGCGGCUGUGGGGAUAUUUGGAGAGUAUGCUGCCUGUAUUGAAGGCAAAAUUGCUCUGCGAGUGUUUACUGUCCUUCUGUUCCUCUUGGCUGCAGCUAAAAUCACCACUGGAGCGCUUGCUUACAUCUACCGGGAUGAGGCUGGAAAGAUGCUUGGAGAUCUAUACGUUGAUGUUUAUAAGCUCUAUGUGAAGAAUGAAGAGGGAGCCAUGGCUGUCACUCUUGGAUUCUUCCACAGCAUGCUCCACUGCUGCGGAUGUAGUGAAGACCCCCUAACAGAGCUGGUUAGGAAGACGUGCCCAAAAGUGGAUAUCAGAGGACAAGAUUAUACCAACGACUGCCCAAAGGAGAUGGAAAUAUUCUUCAAUAAUAAAGCAGCUGUGGUGCUUGGCCUCUUCGUUGGAACCGCAGCUUUUUUGAUCGGAGAAAUGAUUUGCAGCGGAUGGUUCAGUUCAAAGGUUCGUCAGGAUUCUUAAGCUCCUCAAAUUAUUCAGACUUUCUGCAUGUUGACCUUGGAUCCUCCUCAGCCAUUAUAGCAAAGCGUCUAAUCCAGACCAGAAAGUCUCCAUGCCACUUUCUGCAGCCCUGUCAUCUUAGUUUGUCCUUAUUCCACAUCCAUGACAAAUUUGCAUCUCCAAGCAGAAGUCCAGAUGCUGCCUGCUGCAGUCAUGGCCAAAGUGUUGACAAUUACUUGAGUGAUGUUUGGCACUUUGCAUGUUUAGCAUCACAACACCUGAAAUAACAGUUUUCUGGAGGUUGAACAGAAGGCGGCUUCAGGAUGUCCAGAUGUUUCCAACAGUUAAACAAAAACCAGCUAAAGGAUGGCGGCGCCACCGUUGCAGAGCUUGCCCUGAAUGUUACAGGGAGGUGGCAGCUUGUGUAAAGGGUUAAUUUCUUCCGGGCACAGUCUGUUGGUGAUCUUCACACAGCUUUUAAAACACUUUUUUUCCAAACUCACUUUUAGCUCUCUAACCUCUAGGUGUACAUUUAGAACAAAGUUUGUAAAAAAUGUUUAAC